GACAUGAGACCGGAUCUCCAUAUAUUCUCUCCCUUCGUUUUGAACUCUCACCCUUUCCUCCUUACUUGCUCAAGCUAAGACAGGUGAUUUUGAUAAAAAUGGGACGGAACUUUCUUGUGGUGUAUGUUUGUUUAUGGGCUUUAUCAUGCUUCUUGGCCCUCGAUGCAUCUUCCGAUGGACUAGUGAGAAUUGGUUUGAAGAAAAAACCUUUCGAUCUUAAUCACCUACGUGCUGCAAAAGUCACGGCAAAAGCACAGCAUGCAGAGAGGCUUCUGAAUAAUGGCAUUGGCCGUAAUUUGGGAAAUGAUUCGGAAGUGGAUAUAGUUCCUUUGAAGAACUAUUUGGAUGCCCAAUACUACGGUGUGGUCGGCAUCGGAACCCCUCCACAGAACUUCACUGUCAUAUAUGAUACCGGAAGUUCCAAUCUAUGGGUGCCGUCAUCAAAAUGCUAUUUUUCAAUUGCUUGCUAUUUCCAUCAUAAGUACAAGGCGCGUUCGUCGAGCACUUACACGCAGAUCGGAAAAUCAUGUUCUAUUAAUUAUGGAUCUGGAUCAAUUUCUGGCUUCUUCAGCCAAGAUGCUGUACAAGUUGGGGACCUUGUCGUUAAAGAUCAAGUUUUCAUUGAGGCUACUCGAGAAGGAAGUCUCUCUUUCUUAUUGGCGAAGUUUGAUGGCAUACUUGGACUUGGGUUUCAGGAAAUUUCCGUUGGGAAUGUUACGCCUGUCUGGUACAACAUGGUUGAGCAAGGUCUAAUAAAGGAAAAGGUCUUCUCUUUCUGGAUCAACCGCAAUGCAGAUGAUGAAGAAGGGGGCGAGAUUGUCUUUGGCGGUGCCGACCCAAAGCACUUUAAGGGUGAACAUACCUAUGUUCCAGUAACUAGCAAAGGGUACUGGCAGUUUGACAUGGGAGACUUUCUUGUUGGGAACUAUUCAACAGGUUUUUGUGCUGAUGGUUGUGCUGCCAUCGCUGAUUCUGGAACUUCCUUACUCACAGGCCCAACCUCUAUAGUGACCGAGAUCAAUCACGCAAUUGGCGCAGAAGGAAUUGUGAGCGUGGAAUGUAAAGAAAUUGUUUCAGAGUAUGGAGAGAUGAUACUGGAUCUGUUAGUAGCUGAGACACAACCUCAGAAAGUAUGUUCGAAGAUCGGUCUGUGUGUAUUUGAUGGGGCUCAGUAUGUCAGCACCGGAAUUGAAACUGUGGUUGAAGAGAAACUAUCAGACGCUGAGGACUCAGUCGGUCAGGACGUUCUAUGUACUGCUUGUGAGUUGGCAGUUGUGUGGAUUGAGAAUCAGCUUCGAGAGAAUCAAACCAAGGACCGAAUAUUAAACUAUGUCAAUCAGCUAUGCGAACGUUUGCCAAGUCCCAUGGGUGAAUCUGCUGUCAACUGCAACAGCAUUGCAAGCAUGCCAAAUAUUUCGUUCACCAUCGGAAAUAAGGCCUUCGAACUUACCCCAGAACAGUACAUCUUCAAAACCGGUGAAGGCGAUGUAGCAGUCUGCAUCAGUGGGUUUACUGCAUUUGAUGUGCCUCCGCCUCGGGGUCCCCUCUGGGUUCUUGGAGACAUCUUCAUGGGUGCAUAUCACACGGUCUUCGACUUUGGCAAUCUACAAGUAGGAUUUGCAGAGGCUGCUUAGAGACUCUUUGGUGGGUCCAUUUCGCCGUUUGAUGCUUUUAACAAGUAGGAACAAGUAGGAAGUGCCACAUGAUGUGAAUGGAUGAUGGAUGUGUACAUCAGUACAUGACUCUCUUGAAGUGCUUGCUCUUAUGACUGAUUUGCUAAGGUAUUGUAAAUAAUCUAUGCUAUAGCUUGCAUGUUCAGUGCA